CUAGAGAACCCAAGUCCUAGAAAGAAGUAACCGGAAGCGUCCAUAUCAAAUUUUUGACGCCGUAUGUUGUUGUUAAUGUUUAUUUGUACUUUAAAUGAGAAACUAUUGUAAUCUAAAGAUUUAUAUUUUCUGUGACUAUUUAAGCAGUUUUUCAAGAAUAUUAAAAGUUGGGUGUUGACAGGAUGUUAUUGAAAGUUAUUCUAUUGGGAGUCAUGUUUCAUAUUUUUUGAUAUACCUGCCUAUUGAUAAAAAUCAUGCCUUGCUUCAUGAAUUCCAACCUAAUACCGUCACUGAAGUGUCAGUCAUUAGUAAAAGUGGGCGUUUUGUUAUGGGAGAACAACAAUGAUGCUUCAUUGUUGACAGAUUUUCACUUUAAAUCUAAGACUUGCCAAGGUAAACAUAAAGAAUGGCAGCGCAUGGAAAAUAGGAUUUUGGUGAAAGCAUCCACGCUCGGUAUACCAGCAGUCUUGCAUAAGAAAUUGGUUUGUUUCAUCCGACUCAUUGGUAUGGAAAUAAUGAAGUGGAAGGAAAAUCAGCUUUCCAAAAUCACGUCUAACAGAGAAUUCCUGAGAGCUUCCAUCACCCACCUCUGUUGGACGCCUUACGGAACAGUCAAUGUGAAAAAGACUUCCAGAAAAGUUGUUUACGAUGAAAGACUCGAUAUCUGCAUGCGUUACGACAUGGCGUGUAUGAACUGUCUGGAGGAAGACAUUCCACACAUCUGGAGAAAGUUGACCAAGGCUGAAAAGAAACUUUAUACGGAAUACAAGUACUGCCGUCUCGGUCGAGAAGAACUCAUCAGGACUUUGAUCCGGUAUUGGACUUGCACCGUGAGAGGGGUGUUGAAUGAGGAGGAGAAAUCAAUGGAAAACGAUUUUGAAUUCAUUAUAGCUGUCGAAUCGGGCAAUAAAGCUGCCGUUGAAUACUUCUGGACGAAGAUGAGAAGUGAAAUAAAAAAGUUAUAUUUUUCUCUUGCCAUGAGAAUAUUGUCGUUCAGCUCCUUCGAUGAAAUGAUAUCUCCCUGCUGCUUCAAGAGGAUAUCGUACAACUCGGACAUCGCCUGCUUCUUGCUCUCGCGUGGGCCCGAAGAAAGGCCAAAAGACCUCAUAGAAAACGGGCGAUGUCUCGUUUCUCUGCGAUUCUUAUUAGACUGGCCGCACCAAAGCUCGUUUUCUGAAUUCUCUAAGCCUAUUUGGGAAGUGGUCGCUCCUACCGAUUUCGAGCACAUAGCGAAGUAUAUUAUUCAUAAAAUAAAUCACGGCUACAAGGACUGUGACUACUCGGAAUUGUUCAGAGAACUUUGGAAAAACUGCCCCGUCUCGUAUCGGAAAUCUUUUGUGAGGCAUUAUACUUUGCAACGUCUUCUGCCGCCGUUCUUCAGAAUCAGGGAUCGGGAGACGCUCGGCCUUAUCUUCAAGAAUGUGUCCUCCAAAAGAAGGAUGAAAGCGAUCCUGCACAUCUCGGGUCGGAAUAUUUGCAUAGGCUUAGCCAGGCACAGAGACUGGAAUUUGCUGUCCUAUUUUAUCAAAGUAUCCCUGAAAUGGCGCGAGAAUGUGAUUUCAUUUCGCGAUCAGUUCUUCUCCAGGAGGAUGACUAGGUCUUCCUUGAAAGCUGCCAUAAAAGGCGAGGAAGACAUUGUAGCUAAGAUUUAUAGGUUUUUGAGUCGGCUUGCCCACUACGUUUCUAAAAAAGCCAAUAAAUAAAAGUAGAUGAAAAAAACUACAUUGUUAAUUUUGAUCUUAAAUGAUUGACUGGUUGUGGAAAUUUUUUUUUAAUUCCCUUGGUGUAAAUUAAAAAGUGGAAAAGCUUAAUUUAUGCUUUUUUUUAUGCAUUUAAAAUUAAUUUUUAAAACAUCAUUUUUGCAAUGCAAGUUAGACUGAUAUUUUAUUUUCAUUUAAAGGAGGCACAUGUACUGAAUGCUAUUUACUCAAGUUAAAUCACAUGUGAGAUGAACAAUUCAAUUAUUAUUCAUAAUUUAAAUUAAGUGUCAAAAUAUAAUUCAAUAUGAAAACAACAAAUGUUAAAAUUUCACAGAUGGUUAAACAACCAGCCAGGCUAAGAAGGUGCUGCUGAGGCUGUAGCCCUAGGUUUUCAAAUUUUUUAGGGCACAUUAAAAGGGACCUCUAAAGUUUAAGAAUGUAUAAUUAUGCUUUGUAUUUUCCUAAAAGAUUAUUAGAUAUUUGCAAAGGGUAAUGUUUUGCGAUCUUCCUUCAGAAUCGUUAAAAAUUGUGUGCAAUCUUUAAGUAUAAAAUCCAGGAAGCAAAAAGAAAAAAAUUAUAUUUGGUCAUGCUAUUUCCUUCUGACCUUCAACCAAAUUUUAACCAUUAUCUUCUUUUAAGUCAUAAUUUUCAAGUUUUAAAAUUUGUAUGUUAUCUGUUUAAAUUUUGUAUUUUGAAUUUUAUGAAAACUUUCAAUAUUUCUAAAUAUACAGUCGCACCUCUAUUUAAUGAAGUCACUAAAUCCCGAUAAUAAGUUCAUUAUAUGGAAAAUUUGCUAAGUAGAAGAUCAUCUUUUGAAAUACUUAAACAACACAAAACAUGUUUUAAAAUCAUAAACCCUAGAUAUAAUUAAAAUAGCAAUUGAUACACCUUCGUCUCGUAAACUAGUAUCUACUAUUUAUUUUAUAGAUAGUAGCUACUAGCAUGGAAAGCAAAAGUCGAGCAAAACUGGCUAAAUUUAUGUAUAAAAUUAUAGCUGCAUUUAUUAUAUAAGUAAUUUUAAACAUAUAUUACCACAUACAUUCUAAAGUUUAAUUGCUACUGAUAAAUCAUAUAUCUGUGUUAUAUCAGUUUUAGAUAAUUUGGUAUAGGUUGAUUUCCAAGUUACACAUUAGUCUCGGGGGUCCAUUCAUACCUUAAUCCAACCCUCUAACCAGCUAAAGGCAUUAACUUUUCUAAGCCUUUAGGGAUGGAUGUAAAACUAUUACACCGAAGAGUAAAAGAUCUUUAUAAUCCAAGCCCUGAAACGUCAGGUUUUGUGUUGUUAGAAUUUUAUGUUAUAUAGAUCAUUUCACAUAUCAUUAAACUUACCUACUAAAUAUGGCAAAAAAUUUCUGGAACAGAUGCAUCAUGUCAUAAGUAUUAUUUACUAAAAAAAUUUAAAUUAUCAAACGCAUUAGUGAUAAAAUCCAACCAAACUAUCGAUUUCAAUUUGCUUUGGAGAUCGUUAGGUUUAUGGAAAUUAGCGGUUUAUAGAAUUGUGUUAUAUAGUCUACUGUAUCAGCAAAUAUAAUGUUCUGUCAGUUUCAAAAAUACCGAUCACAAUAUAGUUUUUUUUUUCAAACAAAAGUCAAUAAUUUUGUUAUUUUUUUUAAAUUUUCACUUAAAAUGUCAAAUCGUACAAAAGAUCUGAAAAUAGAAUCUCUAAAAAAUGAAUUAUAUUUUAAAAAUUGUUUAAAGUCAAGGCGCAGGAGUUGCACGUAAUAUAAAUAUUUUGUUAAAAAAAAAUCAUGUUUUGGGUCAAUGCUUUUUAAAUUAGUCAUGUUUUAUGAACAAUUCACAGACAUAUGAAAUGCAAUAUUUUUAGAAGACAAUUAAUGCUGGUUGUAAGGUGAAUUGAUAAUAAAAUAUAUUAUUAACGAUCAAUAAUAUUUUUUGUGGCAACUUAUUUGUAUUUAAAUAUUUUACUUUUGGCAUUUUUAGUUGAAGAUGGGUAAAUUAAGUUUUGUUUUGUAAACUACUCACUAUGCGAAAUGAGAGAAAAUGAAUAGUAGCAGUUGGGUAAUUUAGUCAUAAAAUAAUUUAAUUAUGCCCACAUUUUCUUUGUUUGUAACUUUUCUUUGUAACUUUUUUUUUAAAAAAGUUUUUACCAUUGGCAUUUUUUUGUUUAACAGUGUACAAAACUGAUUUUAUUUCUGCUUAUUUACAUGUUAUAUUUUGUCACUCAUUUUUAAGGUCUUUUUUAUACCCUCCACAUUCUGUUAUUUGAGUAAUUCCUUUGUGUUACGUAAAUAAAAUUAUGAGCAUUU